AUGAUUGAAUUAUUGCUCCUCCUCUAUAUCGUAGUUUAUUGUCCCUUAAUAAUCUACGUUUAUUCAUCCUUAUUAAAGAAAUAUGAAGAUCCUAAAUAUCAUAGAGCAGAUAUUCCUGAUAGGUUUUAGCCAUUUAGAAGAACAGAUUAUAAAAAUUGGAACAAAUUGGAGAUCUAUUUUGGUGCCAUUGUCUUGUUACCUCUUAGAUUAAUAUUUGUACUAGGGUCGCUAUUCGCUUUUGCAUUUGUUUUUUUUGUCACAACUAAAGACUUUAAACUAGAAAAUCCAUGGCCUGCUAAUAGAUAUAAGUUUUUAAGAUCGCCCCUGUAAUUUUUGGCUAGAGCGUACUUAUUUUUUUCAGGUUUUUACUAAAUUAAAUAGAGAGUCGUGAAAUAUUCUGAUUAUGAUUAAGACUAUGUUUAAACCCAAAUCAAUGAUCUAAGUCAGCCAUCAAUAAUUGUAUCAAACCAUGUUAGUUGGUAUGACACAAUUACCUACGUUUUUAAAUAUUUGCCAUCAUUUGUUUCUAAAGACACUGUGAAGGAAUAUCCAGUUUUUGGUUGGAUUACAACUAAUCUCAAAAGUAUUUUUGUUGAGAGGGAAAACGCAAAUAAUAGAAGAUAAGUUAUGGUAGACAUUUUGAAUAGAGUGAAUUUAAUAAAUUAAGGGCAUCUAUUUCCUCCAGUGUUAAUUUUUCCUGAAGGAACAACUUCCAACGGAAAUUACAUUUUAUCAUUCAAGAAGGGAGCAUUUGAGCCAUUACAACCAGUUAAAAUAUGUUGUUUAAAGUACUCACCAAGAAGGUUUAGUGUCGCAAUGGAUUGCAUAGGCAUUUAUGCAACUACAUUAUUGUCAUUGGUUUAAUGGAAAAAUGAAUUAGAAAUUAUAGAAUUUGAUGGUCUUUAUGAUCCUGCUUAUUUAAAGUUGGAAUAGUACCCUGAAGAGAAAAGAUGGGAAAUCUAUGCUGAGAAGGUCAAGGAUAUAAUGAGCAAAUGUCUUGGACUAGAAAAAACUAACUCUGGAUAUAGGGAAGAAUAUGAUUAUGAAGUUGAAAUCUUAGGAGAGAAGAAAAAAAAAUCAACAUAAAAUAAUAUGAAAUAGGCAAAUUAAGUUGAGGAUAAAUAGAAAGUUGAUUGAUCUAUUUUAACUAUAACUAAUUAGAUUACAUAAUUUUAAUA